AUGGAUGAGUGUAUGCUGAAUGACCUUUUAGAGUGUUCCGUAUGUUUAGAACGUUUAGAUACAUCAAGUAAAGUGUUGCCAUGCCAGCAUACAUUUUGUAAAAAAUGUUUAGAAGAAAUAGUCAGUACACAUCGUGAAUUACGAUGUCCAGAAUGUCGUGUUCUUGUUGAUGCUAAAAUAGAUGACUUACCACCAAAUGUUUUAUUAAUGAGAAUUUUGGAGGGAAUGCGUAAUGCAACUCCAAAAGGAAUUAAAACACCGUCAAAAAGUAAUAAUGGGCCCCAACGCCUAUUUGGUGGUCAUCAAGUCGCCCCUGCUUUAACAAUUAAUACCAAUCAACCAGUUGUUCUUGCUGUUGAUCCUUCUCGACAUACUAAUGUUGCUGCAAAGCAAGUUCAUCUUCAUAAUCAACCUUACGGGCGUGCCAUUUAUGAUUAUGUAUCAAAAGUCCCAGGGGACUUGAGUUUCAAAAAAGGAGAUAUUGUUGUUUUGCGAAAGAAGAUCGAUAACAACUGGUAUUUCGGUGAAUGUGGAACUAAUCAUGGAGUUUUUCCGCUUUCUUACAUACAGGUGAUGACACCUUUACCACCUCAUGUUCCACAAUGUAAGGCAUUGUACGAUUUUCGAAUGUCGAAUGACGAUGAGGACGGUUGUUUAACAUUUAAUAAGGGAGAGGUGAUAAGUGUGAUUCGUAGAGUGGACGAAAAUUGGGCAGAAGGCAAACUUUUAGACCGUAUCGGCAUAUUUCCAUUGGCUUUUGUCGAACUAAACAGCGUUGCUAGGGCUUUAAUGAAAUUAUCCACAAAUGUUCAACCAGGACCAUCGAGAGUAGCACCUCCAACACCAACAAACGAAGAAACAACUCCAUUAAUUCCCACUGAUCAUUCACGAAAUGUACAAACGACGAGUCAGCCAAGACCUCAAACUAAUCCGACUGCGGCACUGCCAGUAUCUGAUUCAAGUUCCACGGUCUCAUCUGGCAGUUCAACAACAACCACGCCAAAUACUCCAAAUAGCUCAAGUACAUCGAGUAGUUCUAGCACUGCACCUAGUAGUCCAAGUAGUCCUGCGAUAUCGCCUCCAGCUGUUGGCAGUAGACAAAAUGUUAAACGGCACAGUUUCACUGCAAUGAAUACAGGUCAUCAUCCUCAUCCACAUCAUAGACACAGUGCUGAGAUUCUCAGUCCACCAAUUGAUUCGUCUAGUGGCAGCAAUAAUGGCGCAAGUGGCGAUCUCACAUUUUCUCCAUCUCAAGUUGGAGGAAACGGAGAUCUGAGACACAAACGUAGGGGAAGUAGUGAUUUAAUUCUCUCGCAGCCUACAUCGAAUCUUCCUGUGAAUGCAAUAAACACGGCGAAUCUUCCAGCUGCGUAUAUUGCUUUAUAUCCGUAUAAACCGCAAAAAGGCGAUGAACUUGAAUUGAGAAAAGGCGCCGUUUAUAUGGUGACUGAAAGAUGUCAGGAUGGCUGGUUCAAGGGCACAUCGAAUCGAACACAAAAGUGUGGCGUCUUUCCGGGAAAUUACGUAGCUCCUGCCAAAUGUCAGAGAACUGUUUGUCGAAGUUCACCGAGUGCAGUGCCUCAACAGAGCUCAACGACAAUGACUUCUCAAUCGAACAGCGAAGCGAGACCAACUGUGACUUACACGAAAAGCAAAAGUCCCGCUCCACAGCCAUCUUAUAAUAUACGAUCACUGCCUCCGCCUGAAUUGCCACCAAGAGCAUUGAGUCCAAUGCCAACUGUCUCCUCGUCCUGGCAUGGACAGCGUCAAACACAAGGACAAAGUCCUCCACGACAGGGUGAGCAAACAACGAUUACUCCCAUUGGAAGAAGUCACAGUGCCGUAAUGCCUGCUAAUGUUGCGUCACCGGGUAAAUUACCACCUCCAAUAAUAGCUGGUGCUUCCGCUUCACUUCCAAACACUGCAGUAAAUAAUGAUUUAAAUAGAAGUCCGAAUAAUACAGCUCAUGCUGCAGCAACAGCUGCAAACGCAACCGCAACGCCUGUAAAAACUUCUGAAAAGAAGGAGAAAAAAGAGAAAGGAGUCUCACUAAUGCGUCGUUUAACAAAUAUAAAAAAAUCUAAGUCACCUCCGCCGGCAACAUAUUCAAUGGAUAAUCCCGUUUUCGAUGAUGGCAAUACCAGCCAAUCUUCAGUUAGUGCCGUACAUGUUCGCUCGGGUUCUUGCCCCAGCCAAUUGCUACAGGUGGGACCCACGCAGGAUAUUAAUCCAACAAACAGCCAUCAUCGUAUGUGCCCAGGAACUGGACACACAUCAACGUCUCAGAGAUUAAAACAUAAAGAGCGACCUUCCUUGCCUGUGACAUCCCUUCAGAGAUCGAACGAAGCUGGUGGUGCUGUGAGUAAUUCACUCAGUAAUCAUCACCGCAAAAGUAAUUCCUUGGAUGCUGGAAUGGGCAAACAAGUUAAACAACAAUCUGCAUCAAGAGAAAGAGAACGUGUUUACAGAUUUCGUUGUAUUGUACCAUAUCCUCCGAAUAGUGAAUUUGAACUGGAACUGAAAGUAGGUGACAUUAUUUACGUUCAUAAAAAGCGUGACGAUGGUUGGUACAAAGGAACCCAACAACGCACAGGUCGCACUGGACUUUUUCCUGCAAGUUUUGUCGAAGCUUUCUGAGACACAACACGUAGCAGUCUCGUUCUCGAGACUUGUAUAUAAUAAAAUUCGUGUAAUUGCGAAUUUUUCAUUAAUAUAAAAAAUGAUCACACAAUUGAUUUUGCGAAUUAUCUAAUUUAAAGGCGCGCGCUAUGAAAAAAAAAAUCUCAGAAAGUAAACAAAAUUACAGAAUUUCUAUUAUGUGAUAUAUACUUUGAAUUCGGGGAAAUGUCUGAAAUUCAUACAUACUGCCAUGAGUCAAAUGAAUAUUGUGACGUAUACGUUACAAUUUUUCAAUUUUGUGCAAUUCUGGCACAAAAAUUUUCAAAUUAUAUUAAAUACGUGCAUUAUUAAUUAUUGGAAGGAGAAAAGAUUUAUUAGUGAAAAUGGAAAAUUUUUUAGAUUAUCCUUUUUUUUAGUUUUUUAAAAUUAUUUUCAAAAUACUUUGAAAAAAUUAUUGUUGCUGUUCUUUGAAGUGUUUAAAUUUCGACAGGCGUCAAAAAAUCCAAUUUUUUUUAUUUUGUAUAAAUUAGCAAAAGACAUUAAAAGUCUCUUUGCCACUGGCUAAUUAUUGAAUGCUAAGCAAAUCGAAAUUCAGCCAGAUUUAUAAAUUUUAGGUACAUUUUUAAAAAUAGAAUUUUGUAAAUAGAAAAAUAGAACGUUUUAAAUCAAUUGGGAA